AGUGCCUCAAGUUAAGCGAGUGACGUGGCGAAAUUCCGAGCAGUCCUUGAAUACCUCAGCACUACUUGACUGGAAGAAGGGAUGGAACUGCGACGGAGGUGUUUUUGUUUUUUUUGUUUUUUUUCUUCUUCUCCACAAAUUCACAUGAUGAACGCCCGCUAGCCCCUUCGGUUGUAACAACGGCACCCCCGCUCUCGUUCCGUUUUGUGCCAAAAAAAGGAUAAAAUGACAGAUUAAUACCAUGUUUUUUUUCUUCACGGAGGACAAGGAACACAACAACAACACCGUCGUACCUUCCGGCGGCCACAGUGGACGACGUGCGGGGAUGCUUUUGGCGGUUCGAAUGUAGAAACUCGUAACUACUGGGACCAUUUUAGUCAACAUAUACUACAUUUUUUAUUUUUAUUUUUUUUAGACUUUCGCCUUUUUUUUUUCAAUUGUUGCACUUUGGAUUUCUGGUCGGCAUCCACCAGGAAAGCAAAGCAAAGACGAGGUCAUUCGACUGAAAACCUAAUCAAUAAAGAGAUGACCCUCGUCUUGUCCAUGAAUCCUUUCCUGGAGCCAGAGAGAGAACCCCCCCUCUCAACAUACCAACCAGUAUGGAAGACGCAGCGCUGCAGUAAGACCUGCCUGUCAAACGCCACGUCACCGAGCUACACCGAAGAGAAAUCCAAACAGGAAACUCCUUUUCGGCGACUUCAUGACCACGUGUCGAUGUCAAGACUCUCAUUCUUCAAGAGGAAGUUUGUCGACGAUGACGAGGCUUCGUUCAGUUUCAGGACGUACUGCCAAACUGUGGCCCCAGUUUUGGAGGAACGGGCCCAUGUUCUGCGUCUUUCCCUGGAGAAGAUGCGAUUCAUCGAUGACCCCGAGGCGUUCCUGCGCCGCUCAGUCCUCGUUAACAACCUCCUUCGACGUCUACGAACCGAGAUCCUUCUCCAGAGCAGCGACUGGUGCUUCCCACCCAACCCAGUUCUCAGCACCAUCUUGCCACCGGGAUCAAACCCCACAAAUCAGGCACUAAGCAGGGCUGUACCCACCCCGAUCUGCUUAGCACCCCAAGCCGGACCACCCUUUCGGAAGAGGUUCCGAAUGGUCCGUGCGGGACAGGGGGACCUUCGCAGUGACUGUGCCCAGACGUGUUGUUGCUUCUACGCCGCAGCAGCGGCUGCCGGACACUACCUUCCACUUCCCUUCUCCAUGUACGAUGCAGAACUGUCCUCGCCGCACUCGUCCUCCGUCUUUCAGAUGGCCGGUCACCAUAAGAUAGGACUGACCGUUAUAGAGGGCCAUGAGGAUGAGGAGGAGGACGACGAUGAGGAGGAACUUGAUGACGAGGACGAGGAGGACGAAAUAGUUAGCGGACCUUCUUCCGGUUGGGUUCAGGGCAAGUCCAAACAGAAAAGUAGGACUAGGAGCCUGCUGGGUCAUACGAGGACAGAGGCGGAUAGUCGCGUGACGGGUAGCAUCGAAGAGGAGGAGGAGGAGGAGGAGGACGGUGAAGUGGAGGAGGACGACGAGGAAGAUGGCGGCAUCACGCAACGUGAAUGGGACUCGGCUUCAGAACGAGACCUUCUCAGUGUUCACUAUUGGUACCAAAGGGGUCACAGACAGUAAGACUUGGCUUGCGUUCAUGCUCACACGAGUCCAUUCGUACCGUGCUGCACUUGGGUGACAUGCCCCCACCCCCCCACCCCGACCCCCCUUCUUCUCUGAACCACAUCACACGGGAGCAUUCGUGCUUGGUACGUAUACAUCGCUGUCAUACUACUCUUAGUAUCGGCCAUUUUUGAUGAUUUUGACUGAUUUUUAAAGGCACACAGAAUAUUGCGUUCUCGGGCGAUAUAGACAUAAUAUAUACCAAAAGAAAGGUAAGACUCGCAUCUUUCAUCUGGAAAAAAAAGUUUGUUUCUACCUUUUUCCGUUCUUUACUAAUCAGUUGUACAACAUAGAAAAGUUUUCUGCAGAAUCACUUCUAAAAUUUGUUUACAAAUAUAACAUACAGAAUAUUGCGUUCUCGGGCGAUAUAGACAUAAUAUAUACCAAAAGAAAGGUCAGACUCUCAUCUUUCAUCAGGAAAAAAAAGUUAGUUUCUACCUUUUUCCGUUCUUUAGUAAUUAGUUGUACAACAUAGGAAAGUUUUCUGCAGAAUCACUUCUAAAAUUUGUUUACAAAUAUAACAUACAGAAUAUUGCGUUCUCGGGCGACAUAGACAUAAUAUAUACCAAAUGAAAGGUUCGACUCUCAUCUUUCAUCAGAAAAAAAAAGUUUGUUUCUACCUUUUUCCGUUCUUUAGUAAUCAGCUGUACAACAUAGAAAAGUUUUCUGCAAAAUCACUUCUAAAAUUUCUUUACAAAUAUAACAUACAGAAUAUUGCGUUCUCGGGCGAUAUAGACAUAAUAUAUACCAAAAGAAAGGUCAGACUCUCAUCUUUCAUCAGGAAAAAAAAGUUUGUUUCUACCUUUUUCCGUUCUUUAGUAAUCAGCUGUACAACAUAGGAAAGUUUUCUGCAAAAUCACUUCUAAAAUUUGUUUACAAAUAUGACAUACAGAAUAUUGCGUUCUCGGGCUAUAUAGACAUAAUAUAUACCAAAAGAAAGGUUAGACCCUUGUCUUUCAUCAGAAAGAAAAAGUUUGUUUCUACCCUUUUCCGUUCUUGAGUAAUCAGCUGUACAACAUAGGAAAGUUUUCUGCAGAAUCACUUCUAAAAUUUGUUUACAAAUAUGACAUACAGAAUAUUGCGUUCUCGGGCUAUACAGACAUAAUAUAUACCAAAAGAAAGGUUAGACUUGCAUCUUUCAUCUGGAAAAAAAAGUUUGUUUCUACCUUUUUCCGUUCUUUAGUAAUCAGCUGUACAACAUAGGAAAGUUUUCUGCAGAAUCACUUCUAAAAUUUGUUUACAAAUAUAACAUACAGAAUAUUGCGUUCUCAGGCGAUAUAGACAUAAUAUAUACCAAAUGAAAGGUCAGACUCUCAUCUUUCAUCACAACAAAAAAGUUUGUUUCUUCCUUUUUCCGUUCUUUAGUAAUCAGUUGUACAACAUAGGAAAGUUUUCUGCAAAAUCACUUCUAAAAUUUGUUUACAAAUAUAACAUACAGAAUAUUGCAUUCUCGGGCGAUAUAGACAUAAUAUAUACCAAAAGAAAGGUUAGACUCUCAUCUUUCAUCCGAAAAAAAAAGUUUGUUUCUACCUUUUUCCGUUCUUUAGUAAUCAGCUGUACAACAUAGGAAAGUUUUCUGCAAAAUCACUUCUAAAAUUUGUUUACAGAGUUCUUAUAAAAUGCACUUCUGCCACCUUGUGGUUAAUUUUCCAUCUUAAAAAUCCUUAUAAAUAUAAUCCGUCUUUGGGAGUUAAUUGCCAGAUUUAAUUGCCAGAGGAUCAGUUGCCCUUUGUAAGGGUCAGGCAAAAUAAUCUGACACAUUUGUAGGUUAAAUAAAAGCAAAAUAAAGUAAAGAAACAAAAAGUACAUAUAAUGCCAUUAUAUAUAAUAUAUAAUAUAUAAUAUAUAUAAUGCCGGUCCAAAAAAUUGCAUUAUAUGUACUUUUCCAAAAUAAAAACACUUUUUUGUUUUACUUUAUUUGCCUUUUAUUUAACCUACAAAUUUGUCAGAUCAUUUUGCCUGACCCUGGGUUAGGGUUAGGGUUUGUUCGUUUGUUUUGAUAAAUGUUUCCACAAUAAAAGCGCCAUGCUCACCGGUCCACGUUUGUUUUGGUAAACGUUUCCACAAUAAAAGCGCCAUGCUCACCGGUCCAAAAAAUUGCAUGAUAUGUACUUUUCCAAAAUAAAAACACUUUUUUGUUUUACUUUAUUUGCGUUUUAUUUAACCUACAAACGUGUCAGAUCAUUUUGCCUGACCCUGGGUUAGGGUUAGGGUUUGUUCGUUUGUUUUGAUAAACAUUUCCACAAUAAAAGCGCCAUGCUCACCGGUCCAAAAAAUUGCAUUAUAUGUACUUUUCCAAAAAUAAAAACACUUUUUUGUUUUACUUUAUUUGCGUUUUAUUUAACCUACAAACGUGUCAGAUCAUUUUGCCUGACCCUGGGUUAGGGUUAGGGUUUGUUCGUUCGUUUUUAUAAACGUUUCCACAAUAAAAGCGCCAUGCUCGCCGGUCCAAAAAAUUGCAUUAUAUGUACUUUUCCAAAAUAAAAACACUUUUUUGUUUUACUUUAUUUGCGUUUUAUUUAACCUACAAAUGUGUCAGAUCAUUUUGCCUGACCCUGGGUUAGAGCAUAAGGUUUGUUUUGAUAAAUGUUUCCACAAUAAAAGCGCCAUGCUCACCGGUCCAAUUCAUGGCAGCAACUGAAAACGAAACCAAAACAAUGGCAUUAUUAAGAAACUUUUUAUUUUUACUUUAUUUGCCUUUUAUUUAACCUACAAAUGUGUCAGAUCAUUUUGCCUGACCCUGGGUUAGGGUUAGGGUUUGUUUGUUUGUUUGUUUUGAUAAAUGUUUCCACAAUAAAAGCGCCAUGCUCACCGGUCCAAUUCAUGGCAGCAACUGAAAACGAAACCAAAAUAAUGGCAUUAUUAAGAAACUUUUUAGUUUUACUUUAUUUGCCUUUUAUUUAACCUACAAAUGUGUCAGAUCAUUUUUGCCUGACCCUGUAUUUUAUUUUGAUGAUGAAUUGUGUCUUAUUCGAGGAGCGAAUUAUUCUGUGACUCGUGGUGGUGGGGGAGGGUUGAUGUGUGACGCGGGUUCGAGCACGGUACAAUCGACCUGGUGUGAGUACAGCCUCGUUCUUGUAGAGUAAAAAUACAUAAAUGACAGCAACUUCUUUGGUUGAACUUUACCUCCAACGCCAGCUUUGUGUCAUUGAUCGAAAAAAUUUAAUUCCCCUUUAAUUCCCCGAUUUGAAUUUUGGAUUUUUUUUUUUUUUGCUUUCUAUUCUGCAAGGAUGUCAAAUUUAAUUGUUGUUGAACGAAAAACCGGCCUCAACAUUUCUUCAUACAUCGUACUGUGACGUUAAAUAUGAAGCCAUCAUGUUGCACUGUCUUGUCUCUAAGACCGUUUUUUCCUGAAUCAGCAAUCGCAAACAUUGGCAAAGUGCCUUAGCGUUUUUACAGAAACACGUAUUUUGUGUGUUCAUAUACUUCUUCUUUAGUAGCCAUCUGCUAAAAUGACAUUUUGAUAAACGCAGUGAUGUUUUCAGAUGUGGUUACAAUUUUUUUUUUUUUUGGAAGAAGACUAGCUAUAAAACUAGCCAUGAAAAAUGUAUUCCGUUUUUUUUUGUACUCGGAGUGCAUGUGAUCGAGUUUCUGCACUGAACUCAACUUCGACCAACUUGAGCCGACCUUGAAGGAAACAUCGGUUACUACUUGAUGAAGUGUACUUUAUUUUCUUAGGGAUGUUUUAGCUGUACUUUCUCUUGUUUUGCCUUACAAGAAUUCAAUCUCAAAAUGGACGGAUAAUAUUUGUUAGCUUAGCAAAAAAUGUAAUCAUUGUCAUUCAGUUUUUUGGUUUUUAAUUGACCGAGUGACCUUCUACGGUACAGUAGAGAUCGCAUAAGUUCUUCCCGAUUAUGUCAACGAGCCAUCGUUCCAUUCCAUUUUCUUCGGGAAGUCAAGUCCAGACUUGAUGACCAAGCUGUGUCUUAGUUUAGGUCACCCAAUCGAGGAAACUCGUUUCAACCGCUUGUAUUCGUAGUUUCGUUUUUUCGGUCACAACCCGAAGGCAACCAACCCGUCAUAUAAGUCGAUAAAAUCAUCAAGUCAGUUCUUAUUACAGUAAACCUCGGAUAUAUCGGAUUCAAUUGUUCCCACUGGUUUUGUCCGAUAUAAGCGAAAUCCGUUAUAUGCGUAUACCGGAAAAUGUCCGUUUUACGCAUAUAUGGGAUUUAUAUCCGGUAUAUGCGUAAAUGGGAUUUUAUCCGUUAUAAAAAGGCACUUCCUUGACUAUGUUUCCAAUGUACCUGGACGCGCAGGCAACGCUGCAAACGCUGCAAAUGACGUCGUAUAGCGGCCUGUCACGAUUCGGCGAAUCGGAGCGCCACGAUGCGGCGAUAUAUCCGAUAUAUGCGAGGGAAAUUUAAUGGAAAUGCAUUGGAACGGGACUGGAGAUUUUGUCCGAAAUAGGCGAAAUCCGUUAUAAAAAAUCCGAUAUAUGCAAUGAAUUUUUAUUGGAAAUGCAUUACAGAAAAAUCGGUUCUUUUUUAUCUGUCCGUUGUGAGCGAAUUUCCGAUAUAUCCGAGUCCGAUAUAUCCGAGGUUUACUGUAGUUAUAGUAACACACAACAAGCUAAAACUCAACUCUGAAACCCACCCAACGGCACUUCCUGUCCUCCCGCCAAUCAUUCUCGUAUGAGUCUGGAACCAAUUACCGUAUUUUCCGGACUGUAAGUCACACUUUUUAUAGGUUGGUUGUUCCUGCGACUUAUAAAUGAAAAUAUAUAUAAAUAUAAUUUCACGGACAGCCACAAGACAGCCAAUUAACGGCGGUCGAGUGGUUAGCGCGCAGACCUCACAGCUAGGAGACCCGAGUUCAAUCCCACCCUCGGCUAUCUCUUGCGUGUUCGUGGGUUUUCUCCGGUUUCCUCCCACAUUCCAAAAACAUGCUAGGUUAAUUAGCGACUCCAAAUUGUCCAUAGGUAUGAAUGUGAGUGUGAAUGGUUGUUUGUCUAUAUGUGCCCUGUGAUUGGCUGGCCACCAGUCCAGGGUGUACCCCGCCUCUCGCCCGAAGAAGACAGCUGGGAUAGGCUCCAGCAUACCCGAAACCUUAGUGAGGAUAAGCAGUAGAAAAUGAAUGAAUGAAUAUUUACAACCGGGAUGAGUGAUUAGCAUGCAGGGCUCACAGCGAGAACACCCGAGUUCAAUUCCACCCUCUGUGUGGAGUUUGCAUGUUCUCCCUGUGCAUGCGUGGGUUUUCUCCGGGUACUCCGGUUUCCUCCCACAUUCCAAAAACAUGCUAGGUUAAUUAGCCACUCCAAAUUAGUCCAUAGGUAUGAAUGUGAGUGUGAAUGGUUGUUUGUCUAUAUGUGCCCUGUGAUUGGCUGGCCACCAUGCCUCUCACCCGAAGACAACUGUGAUAGGCUCCAGCAUCCCUGUGACUUUCUGGAGAAUAGAAAAUGAAUGAAUGUUUUUUGGAAUGUGGGAGGAAAACGGAGUACCCGGAGAACAUGCUAACCAAUCUUCAAAAGAACAGCUAUAAAUAAUAAAUUUCUGGAACAAGCGAACCCCCCCCCCCCCCUCGUUAUUUUGCCAGGUAUGGAAUCGUUUAUGUUAAGCUUGUCUUCCUUGCGGUUUCAUCUCAUGUUGAAAGCGACACUAAAACAUCGCUAAUGUUUAUUUUAGCAACUGUGACUCAAAUUUUCCCAGCAAAUAAGAAAAGGAUUACUUAAGCCGUGGAAAAAAAUCAUGUGUAUAUCUGUGGUAUUAUUUUAUUUCACAGAAAGAAUUACACAAAGCUACGUACUGAAGCAAAAAAUAAAAAUAAAAAUAAAAAAGUGUUAUGAAAUAUGUAAUGAAAAACAACAUAAGGUGAUGUUCUGUGAUGUGUCAAGUAAAAAAACAAAGUGCUUUUUUUUUCUCUUCUCUAUUAAAACUCUCUUCAUCCUGAAAGCGUUGGCAUUCAUUCAGCGUGUGUGCGUUUUUUCCUGCGUUCCGACCUGCGAUGUUCCUCACGAGCAUGCAAAUGAAGCGUCCAAGACGGGGUGCUGGGGGGGCAAUUUUUGAAAGCCGCUCACUUUGUUAUUAUGGGCUGUUAAAAAUACUCUUAUCUACUGGUGCAAUGGGCCCUCGCCGACAUUGGACAGUGAAAUGUUCCUUUGAUGCGGUAAUAGUUCUCAGCACGACCGCCCUAAUUACUGGAUUUCUGCUGGAAUUGUGCACGUCUUGGAUGACAUUAAUUCAGAUUGCUUGAAAGCCGCUAAGCCAGGGGUGGGCAAACUACGGCCCGGGGGCCACAUCCGGCCCGCCAAGUGUUUCAAUAUGGCCCGCCUGUUUUUUCCAAAUAUUUCAUUUGAACUCAACGUACAACCUGGCAUCGUGGCUUGGGCCAAUUUUUUGAUGGUUGAGGUAGCUGCUUUAUCAAUUUCGUUAUUUGAUGUGGUCUGUUGCAAAAUGCUCCUGUAAAAAGGGAUAAUAUGUAAUAAUAAUAAUAAUGUUAAUAAUGAUAAUAAUACUACUAUUAUAUUAAUAUUGUUGAUAAUAAUAUUAAUAUAAUAAUGGUAGUAAUAUU